GACUUAAAAGGGAGAUGACCCUAGCUAGUUGAUGCCACUGUUUACCUCCCAAGAGCAGAGGAAGGGGACCCAACGCUCGGCAAAAGGACUCAAGGCCUGCCACUAAGGCAGUCCGCUAGGAAGCGUGCAGACGGGAGACCGGGACCCCUGGGAGCGUCCGGGCACCCCACCACCAUGUGCGAGCUGUACAGCAAGCAGGACACUCUGGCGUUGAGGAGGAAGCACAUCGGGCCCUCCUGCAAAGUCUUCUUUGCUGCAGAUCCCCUUAAAAUAGUGCGCGCCCAGCGACAGUACCUGUUUGAUGAAAAAGGUGAACAGUAUUUGGACUGCAUCAACAACGUCGCCCAUGUGGGACACUGUCACCCAGAAGUGGUCAGAGCGGCCCUGAAGCAGAUGGAAGUGCUAAAUACAAAUUCUCGAUUCCUUCAUGACAACAUCGUGGAAUAUGCCAAGCGCCUUUCUGCGACCUUGCCAGAGAAACUCUCUGUUUGUUACUUUACAAAUUCAGGAUCUGAAGCCAAUGACUUAGCCUUACGCCUGGCUCGGCAGUUCCGGGGCCACCAAGAUGUGAUCACGCUUGACCAUGCUUACCAUGGUCACCUAUCAUCUUUAAUUGAGAUCAGUCCAUAUAAAUAUGGACAGGGCACAGAUGUCAAGAAAGAAUUUGUGCAUGUGGCACCAACUCCAGAUACUUACAGAGGAAAAUAUAGAGAAGACCAUGCAGACCCAGCCAGCGCUUAUGCAGAUGAAGUGAAGAAAAUUAUUGAUGAAGCUCAUAAAAGUGGAAGGAAGAUUGCUGCCUUUAUUGCCGAAUCCAUGCAGAGUUGUGGUGGACAAAUAAUCCCUCCAGCAGGCUACUUCCAGAAAGUGACAGAAUAUGUUCACAAAGCAGGAGGUGUGUUUAUAGCUGAUGAAGUUCAGGUUGGUUUUGGACGAGUUGGGAAACAUUUCUGGAGCUUCCAAAUGCACGGUGAAGACUGUGUUCCAGACAUCGUCACGAUGGGAAAACCAAUGGGCAAUGGCCACCCAGUGGCAUGUGUGGUAACAACCAAAGAAAUUGCAGAAGCCUUCAGCAGCUCUGGGAUGGAGUAUUUCAAUACGUAUGGAGGAAAUCCAGUAUCUUCUGCUAUUGGUUUGGCUGUCCUGGAUGUGAUUGAAAACGAAGACCUUCAAGGAAAUGCCAUGAGAGUGGGGAGUUACCUUAUUGAGUUACUGAAUAAGCAGAAGGCUAAGCACCCUUUGAUAGGAGAUGUCAGGGGAAUUGGCCUUUUUAUCGGAAUUGACUUAGUGAAGGACCAGCAGAGAAGGACCCCCGCCACAGCCGAAGCUCAGCACAUUAUCUACAAGAUGAAAGAAAAGCAAGUGCUUCUCAGCGCCGAUGGACCUCAUAGAAAUGUACUUAAAAUAAAACCACCUAUGUGUUUCACUGAAGAAGACGCCGAGUUUUUGGUGGACCAACUCGAUGGGAUUCUAACAGUUUUAGAAGAAGCCAUCGGAGCCAAAACUGAGAGUGUGACGGACUCUGAGAAUACACCAUGCAGAACAAAGAUGCCUAAGGAACCACACUUGGAAUUGCUCAGUGGGGGAUCCCCGGACCAGAAAGCAAAUCCCAAGCAGAAGAAAAAUGGACUGUGCGCAGAUAAACAUUCACUGCUCAGUAAGCGGCUCAAGACAUGAGACAUUAGUGUUUUAAAGCAAGAUAAAUAUCCUGAGUUAUGAAAGGAAGUAUCCUCUUAACAGCUCUCUGUACUCCUUAAAGGUAGAAUUUGCAUUCCAUAUAGCUUUGUCAAUAAAAAAGCAUAAAUGAGUAGUAAGAAUAAACCAACUGAUGACUAAGCCAUGUCAAAAUUAUUAGUUUAGCCCUCAGCCUGUUAAUUCCUGACUUGAACUUCCUGAAUGUACUUAAUUUAUUCUACUAAAUUUAAGCUUUAAGUUGAAUAUUAUGUUGGAAGUUUUACUUUUCAUGUUUUAAUGUCUGAAAUAAGGGAGCAAAGUACAACAGGUUCCUUAACUUAGGAGACCUUGUGCCUUAAAAUAUGAAUUCUAUAAUGAUUCCUUUGGUAUACAUUUAUGGACUAUAAUAAAAUAAAAGAUAAUGUACACCAAA